AUUCACGGCGUCAUGACGGCGAAUCCACUCAACGUGGAACACAUGCUCAAAGCCAAUUUUGAAAAUUUCCCAAAAGGAUUUCGAUUCUAUACUCGGCUGGAAGAUUUCCUCGGCGACGGAAUUUUUAACGUGGACGGUGAAAUCUGGAAAAUUCAAAGGAAAUCUGCUAGCUAUGAAUUUAGCACCAGAUCUCUAAGAAAUUUCGUCAUGCAAACUGCCCAGGUAAAUGUUUAAUCACGCUCAAACAGAAAAAAUUCAAACUAAUUAGAUGAAAAGGGAAAAAAAUAAUUAAAGUGACCCACUAGAGAAAAAAAAAGUAUAUAUAUAUAUAUAUAUAUAUAUAUAUAUAUAUCUUUUUAUCAUUUUCGUCUUCUUUACCCAAAUUCUCAACCAUGGAAUUUUUCUCCCUUAUCUUCACUGUCCUCGUCUCUCUGUUUUUCUUCUACUAUUUCAACAAAAAUCUCCAAAAAAAGGGUUUCAAAAUCUAUCCACUCGUCGGAGCAUUGCCGGGUUUUCUCCAUAACCGUCAUCGUUUUCACGAUUGGAUGACCGAUGUACUCUCUAAUUGCCCUACCAACACCGCCGUCUUCCAUCGCCCUGUAAAUGUUCACGGCAUUAUGACGGCGAAUCCACUUAACGUUGAACACAUGCUCAAAACCAAUUUUGAAAAUUUUCCAAAAGGAUUUCGAUUCUAUACUCGGCUACAAGAUCUAUUCGGCGAUGGCCUUUUCAAUGUGGAUGGUGAAAGUUGGAGAACUCAACGGAAAUCUGCUAGCUAUGAAUUUAGCACCAGAUCUCUGAGGAAUUUCGUUAUGGAAACUGCACAGGUUGAGAUUCAUACGCGAUUGAUUCCAAUACUUGAAGAAGCAUCUCAAAGGGGUAGAAUUAUUGACAUUCAAGACAUCUUAGAAAGAUUUGCAUUUGAUAAUAUCAUCAAGCUUGCAUUCAAUGUGGAUGCAAAUUGUUUAGGAGGAGCUGAAAGUGAAUUCAUGCAAGCUUUUGAUAUUGCAACAACUCUAAGUUCAGGUAGAUUCAUGUAUGCAAUUCCCUUCCUUUAUAAAAUAAAGAAAAUUUUGAACAUUGGUUCAGAGAAAAAACUACAAGAAUCAAUUAAGGUGGUGCAUGAAUUCGCGGAUAAUAUAAUAAAUUCAAGAAUGGAAGAGCGCGAUGAGAAGAAAGAUGAAGACUUGUUAUCAAGAUUCAUGGGAGAUAGUAAUGAAGUUUCAGCUAAAUUCCUGAGGGACAUUGUCAUUAGUUUCAUCCUAGCUGGUCGGGACACGACAUCAUCAGCUCUAACUUGGUUCUUUUGGAUAUUGUCUUCAAGGAAAGAUAUAGAACAGAAGAUAUUAGAAGAAUUAGUUGAAGUUCGUGGAAGAAAUGGGAAAAAGAUUGGUGAGGCUUAUAAUUUCGACGAGUUAAGAGAAAUGCAGUAUCUCCAUGCAGCUAUUUCAGAAUCCAUGAGGUUAUAUCCACCAGUACCAAUUGAUACAAGGAGUUGUUUGAAAGAUGAAAUUUUACCAGAUGGGACUUUUAUUGGUAAAGAUUGGUUUAUAAGUUAUCAAACUUAUAGCAUGGGAAGAAUGGAGAAUCUUUGGGGUAAAGAUUGUUGCGAGUAUAAACCAGAAAGAUGGUUCGACGAAAAUGGUGUUUAUAAACAAGAAAGUCCAUUUAAAUUUCCAGUGUUUCAUGCUGGACCAAGAAUGUGUCUUGGAAAAGACAUGGCUUAUAUUCAGAUGAAAUCAAUUGCAGCUUCUGUGUUAGAAAUGUUUGAAUUUGAUGUUCAGUUGGAGAAUGGCAAGUGCCCUGAAUAUGUGUUAUCUUUGACUCUAAGAAUGAAAGGAGGUUUGCCUGUGGAGGUGAAAGAAAGAUGUUAAGUAAGACCAUUUCACGAGCCGAGCCGAUCUAUAUCGAUGUAAUGGAAGUGAAAGACUCAGCAAUGAAUAAUAGUCACGAGUCUAUAUAGUAUAAUUAUGGCGAUGUAAUGUCUAAUGUAUUGAGAAGAUUUGGUUGUUAUUUUCAUGAUGUAUAUAUUAUAACUUGAAGGAGA